GUUUGCCCUGGGCGUUUCCCGGUUGGGUGGGCCGUGGCAAGAACUGGCCCUAUGACUACCCAGAUGUCACUGCAACAUAUGUGGUGAACUGGAUCCUUGGUGCCAAGCAGUACCAUGACCUAGACAUUCAGUAUGUUGGGAUCUGGAAUGAGCGAAGCUUUGACAUCAAGUACAUUAAGGUGCUCCGGAACAUGCUGGAUAAAGUUGGUCUAAUUGGCGUUGGCAUCAUCGCAGCAGACGGCGAUUGGAGCGUCGCUAAUUCUAUGAUCCUUGACCCAUAUCUUAAUAAUUCUGUUGAUGUGAUUGG